CGACAAGGUGAAGGGCUAGAUAAUCCCUACGAGGUUGACCAGUUGACAGCGCUGUUGUGGUGCGAGGAUGCCUGGUCAAAGGUUAGUGCUUCGACCAUACGCCACUGUUCGAAUCAUUCCGGACUCGUAGGUAAAGCUGCUCUUCAGUUC